AUGGGACGGAAGAGGGGCUCUAAUAGAACGACAGUACGACUACAAGCGAAGAAAAGAUUGUUGACGCCCUCGUUCGACGAGCUGAACCCCGGAGGAAAGAUCGCCCCGACCUCAAAAUCGUUGACGCCCUCGUUCGACGAGCUGAAUACUCGAGGAAGGAUCACCCCGACCUCAAGAUCGCCACUCCCACUCCUCCCCGUUCCGAGAUCGUCCUCCUCAACUCGUCCACCUCGUUUAGCUUCCGGCUCGAACAACUUGAAGAUUCUUCUUACUUCUCCAGAGAUCCCAUUCGUUGUACUUGUUUGAUAACUGCAUCAACAACAAUUAAAAACUUUUAUCAAUACAUAUGAAAGUUUACGUCGAACAAAUUUGAUGUAUAUAUCUCUUUUUUUUUUUUCAUUUAAAGUAGUCCACAAAAUUGAUUUUGCUGACUAAACAAAAACCAGGAUAUUACUUGUAU